GUUGCCCAUGUGAGUCAAAGUUAGUUGCCCAUGUGAGUAAAUGUUGGCUUACUAUGAGGUCAAAAAGGGUGGAUUGUUUGGUAGCCAUCCAUUGGUAAGUUUGGUAGCCAACAAAUGAAUAGUUGAAGCUUGCAUUCACACUCUUGCAUUUUUGGCUAUAAAUUGGAAGCAAAUGGUUCCAUUUGAAGCAUCUCACCAAGUGUUGAGUAGAAGAGGAAAAAUAGCAAGAAAGGCAUCUUGCCAAAGAGAGAAACAUUUCUCUCUAAUUGUUCUUUGCUUUGUAUCAUUGUUUUCUCUUCAAUUGUUGUGAGAGUGAGACUUGGGUGUAUUUGGGGCUUUGGGUUUUCUUGAGUGAUAAACACUUUGUAUACUCUCUUUGAAUAUAGUGAAUUACUCCGUCGUCUCCAAACUGGAUGUAGGCAUUGCCGAACCAGUAUAAAUCUUGGUGUUCUUGUUGGUGUUGUUUUGUGUUCCAUUUAUCUCCUGCUAGUUGUUGUUUAUUUUUCACUCACAAUUGGUUGACGCUUCCGCACAACAGUCUGAGACUCGAAGUUGGAGGCUUCUCGAUUCUACUUUCCAUAAACAACAUGUAGACUAUAUUACGCCGGUGUACUGCAAUGGCGUAAUUCACUGGAGUGGUUGGGAUGCACAGUUGUCAUACUAUCACAUGGAUGAAGAGCGCGUUGGAUGGGUUGAUAGCCCUCCUUUUUAUGAACCCUAUAAGUGUGACGAAGGUGAGGAUACAUAUUUUUUCGAAACUCCUGGCGGUCAUUUGCAUCUUGCUCGUGUUUAUUGGCGUUGUCAGACUCAAUUUGAUGUGCUGGAGAUGGGAAGAAACUACUCUGGCUGGUUUGUCAAGUACCAUGUUGAUCUUGUCCAUGAUCCUCCCAUUCCCAUUCCUGACCUGCUACAAUGGGAAAAAAGAACUGUUCUUCUGUUUCUUGCUCCAGAUCUCAAUGAAAAUGGAGGUGGAGGAGAGGAAUGUUCAUCUCUCUUGCUGCAUACUCCUGGUAAGGUCAUCUCUUAUAAUCUCAAGAACAAGACCUUCCAAUCUUUCGAGUUAACUUCCAACCCCCACUCUAUGACAGUUUGGGGUGGAGAAUGUCGAUAUAUGGAGACUUUGGCUUGUGUGUGAGCGUGAAUCCCAUGCUGCUGGCUGCUGAUUCAUUUUGUUUUUUCUCUUUUCUUCUUUUGGUUGUAAGAUGAAGAAUGUUAAUUUGGUUAAGUCUAUGUACUUGGGUGGUGUAUAAUAUUUGACAAUUGAUAUCA